AUCGCCUUCUCCAAAAACCACCCGGGGGUGGGUGGUGUGUGUGUGUGUGUCUUCCUUAAAAGCUGAAACAUGAGGUUUGAGGUCGGUGGGAUGAGGUGUCCUUAAAAAUGUCAGAUUUAUUAGAAGUCCUUUGCUGAGUCGGCACUAAAAUUCUGAAUAGGUAAAGUCAGUGUAAGAGCCGCAGAGGAAUGCUCGGAGAGGAAAGGUCCCUGUCAUACCAGGAGCUUGAUGAUGAUGAGGAAGAGGAGGAGGAAGAAGAGGAUGAGGAUGAUGGAAACGCACAGUCUCCAGUAUUUUUUGAUGAUGACGCUGAAGAUCUGACACAUGAAGAGCCUGACGACAGCAUCUCACAAGCACAGGCUUCCUUUAAGGGCACCAGUCUGCCUAUGAGAUUCAGUAAAACGUGUCUGAAAAAUGUCUUCACGGUGGUGCUCAUCUUCAUCUACCUGCUGCUGACUGCGGUGGCAGUAUUUCUGGCCUACCAGACGAUCUCUGACUUCUUGGAGAAACUAAACAAUCCUGUUAUGUCUGUCAUCUAUGAAGAGGUUGACUCAUUUUCACCUCCUGGCAUAGCUCUGUACCCUGGUAAAGCCCAGCUACUCAGCUGCAGGCAUCACUACCAUGACUACAUCCCGCCUUUAGUGGAGCCUGGAAAACCUCAAGAAGGAGACUGUGAGAUUACAGAAGUGACUUACUUUGGGCCAUUCACGAAUGAAACAGAGAAGAAAACUCUGGUGGUCCGCGGCCCAUCUGACGUCCGGAAUAAAGAACUGAUCUUCAUGCAAUUCAGCCACAAUGAAACAGAGGAGGACUUCAGUGCUCUCACUUACAUGCUUUUUGCCAAGUUUAGUGACUUGAUUGACAGUGCAAAUAAAUCCGAGUUUAUGAGGGACUGUGAGAGGAAUUACUCCAUGUGGACCUUCUCUGGAGGCUUCAGGACCUGGGUCAAAAUGUCAUUAGUGAAGACUUCUGGGGAAAAAAAUGAAGCUAUUGAGUUUCGACAAGAGUCUUCUGUGGUGAAAUUCAACGAUAAAAGGCCUGUGCCAGAGCAAACCAAUCAGCUCUUCUUUGCCGUCUUUGAAUGGCGAGAUCCUUUUAUGCAGGAAAUCCGACUGAUAGUGACUGCAAAUGCCUGGAGCUCUGUAGCCAUCCUCUGUGGCGUCUUCAUGGCUCUCUUCAAAGCUGCUAAUUUUGCCAAACUCACUAUUAAGUGGAUUAUCAAGAUGCGCAAGAGGCAUCUGAGGAAUAAAGCACGGGAACUGAACCAAGUAAACUGAAACACUUUGUAGAAAAGCACCAGUGACACAAUCUGACAAGAUCCAAAUGAUCUAAGUGAGUGAUCUGAGCUUUAUUCUCGCGCAGGUGCUUUUGUUGAGGUCACUGUAGGCCCCAUUUUUUAAUCAAUGGUGAGAAAUAUUAGCACAAGGAGAUGCUUAUCAAUUACAUUUGUAGAUGCUAUUGCUUCUAUUCUCACAUGUAAACCCACAGUUAUAACUGAUUAUUACUGCAUUUUCCUUUGGUGGUGAUAUAUAGUUGUUACAUUUCAAAAGAAGAUGUGUUUCAUAAACCUUUUCUGAAACAUUCCUUAGACGCUGUUUGACACGCACACUCAAAAUAAGUUGCUGAAAGCCAGGACACUUUUAAAACUUCUUUUUAAAGGUUGUUUUUGAGUGUAAAACUAAAAUAAAAUGUGAACUCUAGUGUUGGAUUUUGGACAGGUUCAAUUCUGAAAGUGGUAAUACUAAUUUUUUUUUUUUUAAAUGUUGAGAACUCUAAAGGGAUUACCAAGAACUGUUUUUAAUUUUUAGUUUGUUUCUGUAGCAUAUAUGUUGUAGCAGUACUACUGUUUUCAUUUCAGUAUGUUGUAUUCUUGCUGUUUAAAUUUAUUUGAAUUGGUCAAUGUUAUAUCUA